AUGCUGUAUGUUUUCCAUGUUGAUGCUGGUCAAAUGACCACGUAUGACAUGGGACUAACACUGCAAAAAGUGUCUUCACUUAAACUAGCUAUUGAGAGAAAGACCAAAGUCCCGGCCAACUCAUUGGUGCUCCUAGUGAGUGGAGGAGAGGUUCUCCAAUCGGACCAUAUGGUGUCCUCAUACAGUGCUGGCACAGACACAAACCCAAUAUAUAUGUUCAGCAAACCAUCAGUGAAGGAGAGCCAUUUGAACCAGUCUAUGUGCGAUUUAAGCCCAAUAGUGGAGUUGAGUACUGGAGAGUUCUCCAUUGAAAGCCGUAGUGCUUUCGAUGGCAAAUCUGUGGCAGAGUUAAAGGCGGCUGUGGACAAGUGUUGUUCGCUACAGCCAAAUGUGUAUACUGUGAUAUCGUGCGCGUCUCUAGCGCAACAGUUCAGUGACCUCGCGCUUGAUGUGUCCAGCAGUUGCGAUCAGCUGGUGCAUGAACAGCAUCUGCAACAUCAGGGCUGGGCGGCGGUGGUUGCGAACUUAGAAGACAUAUUCAACGAAUUCUGUGAAAGGUCGAGGAAUUUUAAAGAAUCAUUUAAGAAGCAUCGACUAAAAAAAGAGGAAUACCACGAAAGGUUGACUGGGCUCAACGAAGUUUUAGAAUCUCUGGGCAAGAUCCCAAUACUGCCGGCACUCCAAUUAAACGCCGAAGCUCACAGGUUCUCGGCUUUUGAUGUCUUCGAGGACACAGACUUCGAGGGUCCUCAUUAUAGGAUCACACAUCCACUGGACAACAGCUCAGAUAAUAAACCCAGCGACUUUGGCGUCGAAGCGUUCAAGUUGUCCGACGAAGAUGUAUUCGAUCAAAGACAGUCAGGCUCAGGGAAUGAAGCAGCAACGUCAUCAGAGCCAGUUCCUCUCGUCGAGGAGUCUGAUGAAGGAGUCACGUUCAAGGCGCAGUCCUAUGAGAACAAGGAGGAACCUUCUUUGCUGCACUGGAUCCUGGCGCAGGGGAACAAAGCCUCCUUGCAGGAUAUCUUAGAUUACUGUCAGAAAGGGUUGGCUUUACUAGAUGCGGAUCCGCUAAAAGAGCGUGAGGCAGAAUUAUACCAUAUUCUGGAGUAUGCCAAUAUGCAUGGCCUUAAGCACAUUAAGGGUAUCGAAGAAAGACUGUACGGCUUGGACCAGCUGCUGAACGAUGUGAAGAAAUUGGAGCGAGACCAGCGCGACCAGGCUGCAUCACUUAUACAGUGUCGCGAGCGCUUAAACACAGCAUGUGAUCCGUCCGUCCUGCCGACCCUCGUGCAGUCACACUGGUGUCAGCUGAGGAAGUUACUGAAGGGACACCAGACUCUCAUUGACAUUAGGCGACGCAUCGCCAAGUCUAAGGAUGAACUAUCACACAUAUUGAAGGCGAGACUGGAGGCGGUCCUAAUGAUCGAGAACUCGAUGUCAGUGCAGGAUGCGCACGCGAUGUUAUCGUUCCAGUGCUUCAACCGCUUGGCGCGGUACUUCGGUAUAGUGGCGCAGUUACACCGCGCGCCCAAUGUAUUCGUGCGCGCUGUCAGAGAGGUGGCACGACGUCGCACCUUCUCACAAGCACAUCUUAAGUGGGCGACAGAUUUAGCGGAGAAAUUGCUCAAAAUUCAUGAUGAAGAGAUCAGCAGGCGACAAGAAUUCAACACCGUCUUUGAGGGUCACUUCUUACGCAGUCUGUUCCCUGGCAUGUCUGAGCUUCCACCAACAUUUGCCACACAAGCUCCGCCAAUAUUUGAUGCCAACCUGCCAAAGCUUACUGAGGCGGAUGUGGAUUACAUCACCAACCAGUUCCCAGACCUCUGCGAAGAUAUGCCUAACUACGACAUGGAUUCCACAGUCCAGUUUUUCCAACAAAGAAUACGCGCCUCGGAAUUCGAAAGGAAAGAUAUUGACACUCAGGUGGAUAUGGAAAAAGACUUUGAUUCAGUAACGGAAGCCGGCGACUUCGAAAAACUUGGCGGUCAGAGUUCACAAAAACAGAAAGUAGACACGUCUACUAUUUGUGUUCCUGAAACGAUGGCUGUGUCGACGGUAACGGAGGACAAUAUGGAUACCCAUAGGAUAAAUAUGGAUAAGCUGCAAGACUUUUUGGUGAAAGUGUAUGCUGUAUGUAAGGUGAAUAUUGUGUUCAUAGUCGAAGAGUUGACAAAGUUGAAGGAGGAGGUUAACGAGCAGAAGAAGUUUAUGGCUAGUAAGUAUGUUGAGAUAUUGGAGGCGUGGGAGAAGAGCAAUGUUGAGACUGCGAUAAGAUUCCGUGAAGAGACCCAAAGGCUCACAGUAGACCAUGAGCUAGAACUAAGUGAUAUGAAGGCAGCUCUUAACGCAAAGGACGAAGUUAUUUCUAAUCUCAAAACCGACACAGAAAACAUUAAAAAUCUACAUCAGAAAGAGCUAGAGCGAUUAGAACAGGAGCACCAAGAGACUAAGAAUUUACUAGAGAAGACUCGGCAAGAGAUACAGGCGUUUGAAAAGAAAUUAGAAGACAUUGAAGCGCAGAAGCAGAAGGAGAUCAAAGAGUUGCAGGAGAAGAUGCACAUGGAUUAUAAGGCUGAAAUCGAGUCUCUACGGUCUAGGUUCCGUUUAGUAGCUCUAACAAACAUGGACCGUUCACCAUCGGAAUCGAGUCUGGAGAAGAUAGAACGCACAGACGUUAUUGAAAUAUCGAGUCACAAUGCUAUCGUGAUGCAGACUAAGGAAAAUGCAGAAGUAGAGAAAGAAGAAGCGAUUAGAGAAGCUGUGGCUAAGGUUGAAGCAGAAUGGAGAAGCAAGAUGGAAGCUGAAGUCGCCUAUAUAACUGCUAAGUACGACUCUGAGAAACAGCUAUCAUCCUCGAUGUCUACAACGGACGUUACCCGCCGGCUUCUUACUGAGAAAGAGAGACAGAUAGAUGCGCUGCGAGAGCGAGAGGCCGCGUUAGUACGCGAGUGUGGCAAGUACAGGGAUACUAUCCAACAGUUAACUGAUCCGGAGACCAAUGAUUUCGAUGCUCUACUGAAGACUCAGAUGGCGUCUCUCGAAAACGAGAAUGAAGUGUUGAAACAACAAGUUAAGGAUUUGAAAAAGGAGUUGGAAAAGAAGGCUGAAGAAGAAAAAAGCAAAGAUGAAGACAGCGAGGGCCGGUCGUCCCCCCCGAAGAGAGACGAGGCGUCCCGACGUCGCGCCCGCAGCCACACGCCGUGCGGGCUGGCGGCGGGCACGCUGUCGCUGUCGGCGUGUCUGCCCGGGCACGCCGUGCUGCUCCUGUGGGACCCCGCGCAUCUCAACUACACCGUGCUGCAGGAGGCGUCGAUAAUGUACUUCGUGCACAGUGAUAGCCUGCCGGCACUUGAUCUCAGUAUCAACGUUAAAAACGAAAGUGAAAGGCGAUUGUAUGCGGUCGCCACCGUCGAGUCCAAGGAGUAUUGUUAUGCCAAAAAGAGCGGGAACCGCUACGGCAUGCCGCGUGGGUCCCGGUUCUACCGAGUCCGCGUGCGUCCGCCGCGCGCCGGCGCCGCGCUGCCGCCAUGUUGCGACCCCAAACAUCACCCCGAUGCAAUGAGGGGUGGCGUGCUGCCAGUGCUCGGCGACGCUCGCCCGCUCAAGAAGUGGUUGACCUACAUGCAUGCCCCAGAUACUCAGAAGUCGGUGGACACGAGUCAGUCGACCAGCUCUGCGACGGAGGAGAGUGCGCGCGCGCCCGAGGUAGCGACGGGCACGCUCAUCAACCUGGAGUCGCCCGUGUCCUGCAGCGACCCGGUCUCCGCGGCCUCGGCGCACACACACUCGGAAGACCAGCUCGACUCCAUUGAGGCCAGUGAGCACUGGCAGAAUACUAGGAUGCAUCUCUCUACUAUUAGCGCCGCUACGGACAUGGAGUGCAGCGUGGGCCGCUGCGUGGGCAGCGAGCCGCUGGAGCUGACGGUGAGCGCGGUGGCGGUGCUGGCGCGGGGCGACGCCGCGCCCUCCGACCUGGCCGAGGAGGCCGCGCCCUGA